UCACGUAGGGCUUUCAUGAAAGAGGUGCCCUCGCGCUAGAGACACAGUCGGCCUUCAUGAGCGCUCGGGAUAUAUUGAAGAUAUAAAAGCGGCACGCGGUUGAAUGUUAAUCUAACUGCAACGAGGAAUAUGAAUAUGAAGACCAAAGGACUAGUAGCCGUUAUUUGAAUAACCCACAGGCAUCGUACAGCGGACAAGCAUCACAUCUGGGAGGCUUUAAAGAAACAAGGAUAACCUAUAUUGGAAGAUCCCAAACAAACUGUCCUGCUGUCUUACACACUUUACCACAAGAAGCGAAACAUAAGGUAAGAUUUACAUUUGAGAUUCUUUACGUUGUGUGUGUGCUUUACGUAAGCUGGCCGGCGGGAGCGGGAGCGCGUGCGUGAGAAAUCGGGGCAUCCACUAUGCGGUGCAGCGGACCUGCAAUCCGUUCCUCACACAACGGCACGACUACGCCGGGUAUUCCCCGAUCACCAGACGGGGAGAGACCAGAUAGGAACAUAUGUCUCGAACGACGAGCUGCCUUAUGUUUCGUGCAAGAGCAGUGAUGCUGGUCAUUUAAAACCACGCAGCCUUCAUUCGUUCAUAAUUUGUUGCCUGUAUUAUCAUCAAGUGACGCGUCUUUACCAGGUAGAGAAAACAAAGUAGUUAUAAAUAUAUAUUUUUUUAUUAGUUAAUAUAUCCAAUACAAAUAAAAAACAGAACAUGUUUAAGUGAUAUGACUGAGCUCAGUGUGAAGUACAGUUACACCGUUUGAAGUGCUCCUUUAAGCCGAUUGAUUAUGUCCGGUCAAAGCUAGCACCUCCUUAUUAAUACAACACUAAGGGCAUCCAUUUAACACAAGAGUUUCUAAGAAUAGGCCAGCUGUGUGUGUUAGUAAUAAAACUAUGGUCUUAACCUUUCUCAUCUUGCUUCCCUUCGUUCAGUGACGACCCUGUGAGCCAAUCAUGUUCUUGAACGCCUCUGAAGCGGCCUGGGAGGAGUCUUCGGGUGCCGCCUCCCUGCUCUCUCUGGACCAACCGGAGGACUCCCUACCGUCAGACAUCCCGCCCCUCAGCGUGUGGGGCGUGGCCCUGUGCAUCUCGGGAACCCUCAUUGCCGCCGAGAACGCCAUCGUCGUGACGACCAUUUUGGCCACCCCCUCCCUGCGCGCCCCGGUCUUCCUGCUGCUGGCCAGCCUGGGGCUGGCCGACCUGCUGGCCGGCGUCGCUCUCAUCCUGCACUUCCUCUUCCUGUUCUGCCUGCAGCCCAGCCAUUGGUCGGAGCUGCUGACCUCGGGCCUGCUGGUCACCUCCCUCACCGCCUCUCUGUGUAGCCUGAUGGGCGUGGCUCUGGACCGCUACCUCUCGCUAAGCCACGCCCUCACCUAUGGCUCCAGCCAAUCGCGCCGCCGCGCCGCCGUCCUCCUGCUGCUUGUCUGGUUGGGCGCCGGCGCGAUAGGGGCGGGGCCCGCCAUGGGAUGGAACUGCCUGAACGAGCCCGCCUCCUGCUCCGUGGCGCGACCUCUGACCAGGACGUACCUGUCCCUGCUGUGCGGGGGCUUCCUGCUCGUCGUGGCGAUCACCCUGCAGCUGUACGCCGGGAUCUGCCGCGUGGCCCGGCGCCACGCGCACGCCAUCGCCACCCAGAGACACUUCAAGCCCGCCCACCAAUCGUAUGCAAGCAAACACAGCAGCGGGCGGGGCUUCUCCCGGCUCAUCCUGGUGCUCAGCGUGUUCGUGGGCUGUUGGAUGCCCUUCUCCAUCUGGGGGUUGCUAGGCGACGCGUCCAGCCCCCCGCUGUACACCUACGCCACCCUGGUGCCGGCAGCCGGGAGCUCCCUGCUGAACCCCCUGCUCUACAGCCUGAGGAACAAGGACAUCCGCAAGGUGCUGCUGCAGGCCUGCUGCCCGCACAGAUGCACACACAACAUGCACACACACAACCCCGUCGACGUGUAACACCCACAGCCCCCCCCCCCCCCCCUCUGAACGGACCAAGUUACACGGACCACCUUGAAGAUGCCAAAAUGCAGAAGAAGCGCGAAGGCUGCCAAACCCACACACACGCCUCCACCUACACACAUAUAAAUCCACAUACACACACACACAAACGCAAGCCCCCACGUACACACCCACCCCCACACAUACACACACGGCCGCAGCCACAAAUACACAUACACACACACAUACACACAGAAGUUGUAUAAGUGUACCAGAGAAGAUGAAGUGUGUGUCUGCAGAUCCCAUGUUAGCAGAACGUACUGUGCCACAAUCUUGGCUGGAGGAGCACUCUGGCUGCCCCUACAGAGACUGAAUGUACCGUCUCUUGUGUUCUUGUGCCUCAUUCACAAUCAAUUGUAACUCCCCUGGACAUGCAGGAUGGAGCAAUCACGGGAAUCAGCAAUCUCGUCUAUAGCGGAAAGCACCCCAAUAAAUCGUGUACGGUGUGGAUAACGAAUUGAUCAUCUUUAGCACUUUAAGAUAGGACAGGAUGUUGGAAUUCAAAUGCAAGCCCUUCAAAUGCAAGCCCUUAAACAUUCUCUGGCCUAACAUACUCUAAUGUGACAUGUUUGAUGACCUGAAGAGGUCGAGUCUUGUGUGCACCAAUGCCUAUUUAAAAAUGUCCUACGACCUGGGAGAUUCUAUUUUGCACAUGCUAUCAAAGGCACUUUUAAAGUUUGUGAUCCUAUGUUCCUGUUGCACAACCUUUUUGAAACAAAUGAUUUUUUUAUAAAGAUGAAUAAUAAAUGUGAAUUUUUCUAGCAAUCCACGUCAGAGUCCUC